AAAAAAAAAGAAAGAAAAAGAAAAAAAAAAGGCAUUUCAAACUUAACAUACUCAAAAUUGCACUUACUUCUCCAACUUAGUGCUGUCAUCUUUCUUACUUCUGUUAAUGACAACUCAAUCCUUCUAGUUGUUCAUGCCAAAGUAUCUUUGGCAGUUUUAUUUCUUCUUCUCCAGUUCAUCAAAUCCACUUGGCUCUACCUUCAAAGUAUAUCCAGAAUUCCAUUUCCAUUCCAUUUCUCACUGUAGAUACUUGAUCUACAGUGGCAGCAGCGGAAGUGAGGAGAAAUGUGAGAAUUCUGUAUCUUCAGGAUUAUUGUUGUGGCUGGUCUUUCUCCUUUCACCAUUGCUACUUAGAGUCAAUUCUCCACAUAGCAGCCAGAGUGAAUAGUGUUAGCAUGGAAACCAGAUCAAGUUACUCUUCUGCUCAAAACACUCAAGUGUUUUCUUACAUCACAGGAAGAACCAGAGUCUUUUUUAAAGGCCUGUGAGGCCCUCUGUGACUCUGCCCUUCCCCACCUACCACUUUCAUCCACUACUCAAUUCUUUGUUUGCUCAGCUCCACCAACACUAGCUUUUUUGUUGGCCUUUAAACACCACAGUUGUCCUCUGAGGUGGUAGCAGAGCAUUGGGCACUUGGUAAAUGCAGAGUUUGUUUUCUAGUCCAGUUCUGGUUUUUAUGUCCCGAUCUUCCCUUUCCUGUUCUCCCUGGAACUUGGAGAACUUGGGAGUUCCUGGGGCGCCAUGGAGUCCCUACUUUCAUUACUGAGCCAGUACGUGUCACAGUCCUCUGGCCCUGCUUGGAUUGGAACAUUGUUUGAGGCUGCUGGAGUAAGGAUGCUGCCUGAGAAGAGAGAAGGAAAGAAUGAGACAGACUCCUUACGCAGCUGAGCAAUUGCUCCUUGUAUUGUACCUCUCUUCCCCUAAGAGAAUUACUGCUAUUCCAGAGAAGGGUCACGUGGCUUCUCUCCGCAUUGACUAACCACAUUCCCUAUUCAUUUUCCUGGGUGCCUGCUUCUCUAACCCACUCUCCAACUCUGUUUUUCCUAAAACAGGACAUGUUUUAGGAUUGGUCUCCUUUCUGCUAAGUAUCCAUCCCUAUGACAUCCAAAUAUUCUGGGUUUACUGGGAAAAGUGGGGCUAUAUUUUGUGUUAUAACACAAAAUAAUACUACCUUUCUACUAAGGAUGCCCCAAAUGUAAACUGGCAAGAUGUGUAAUAUUAGAAUUAGGGUGGUGCCGGAAACCCUUCUCUAGAAUUGGACCGUAGCCCUUCCUGACCACACUCCAGCUCACCCUACUAUGUUUUAUCUUUUCAUCAAAAUUUCUCCCACCCCAAACAUUUGGGGAGAACUAAACCUCAAGCAAAUUCAUUUCUCUCACGUCUGGUACCCAAUUCUAUCAGUCUUAGGUCUUGGUAACUCUAGAUGAGUUCAUGUGCCUCCCAGAUUGUCUUUGAGAGCCAAUUUCUAUACCUCUCACACCGUGUCCUUCUCUUAGGCCCCUUUUCACUCACCUUGAGCUUGGUGUUGAGUAGCCAGGCUUAACCCUCCUGGCAUCCUUACGAGGCUAUGCCAUCGUAGUAGUCAAAGGCAUCACUUUAUGGAGAGGAGAGAAAAGGAGAUCUAGGAGGAAGAGAUGAAGGAGUGGGAGUCUUUUUCCUGGGGUCACAGGCACUGCUGGGCAGCUGUGGGAAGCAAGGUCUUCACCAUGAUUAUAUUUCCUCUUUUUUCUGGUUCCUGACCAUUUGUAUGCCCAUCUUAUUCUUCUCUGUCUCAUGUUUACGGUAGAAUACCUAUGUAAUACUCGACAGCAGAUAUAGGCCCUUUCUGCCAAUUUUGCUGAUAACCCAGGACCAGUACAUUGGACUUCAUUUGGUUCAAACACGAGAUCUGAAAGGAGAAGCAACUAGGAAAGAAGGGGAUAUGGUUUCUUAUAGAGCAACAGCAGGAGGAACCUGCCACGUGAGGAGGAACAUGAUGAGCAGGCAGAGCAGAGAGCCCAGGAGGGAGAGCAAGGGACUUUACCUGCAGAAGGAAGGGCACCAGCCUGCAGGGAAGAGCAAAUGCAGGCCCUUGUCCUGACCUCAGCACCACCCAGUCAUGUACCCAAAGGAUGCCCUCCCAACUCCUCAGAUCUUUCCAGCCCUGGACCUUACCUCAACACCUGCCCACAUUAACCAGGCAGCCAGCUAUCCAGCAAACCCCGGCAUGAGCCUCUCGGACACCCCGCAUUAUCCUUCCCAGCUGGAGAGUCUCUCUCUUCCAGUCCAGGACUGCCUUGGACUCCCCGUGCACGCCCAGAGAGCCGCUUCCUGGCCUUCCUCCCCCAACGAGGAUCCCAGUUUGCCUUCUUUUCCUCUGGAAGAGCCUGGCCCCAGGCCCCUGGUUCCAGGGAACCUCCCCUUUUCAGCCUUGUCCCUAGAGGAAGAAGAGGAAGAGGAUGAAGAUGAAGACGAGGCGGAGCCCGAGUGGCUGCGCAGCGAGGAGCAUCCGAGCCAGUUUUUCGCCGAGGCCCAGCGGCUGCGGGAGCAGAGAUUGUUGCUGGACGAAGAGGUGUCAGUCGCGGGGCGGGUAUACGGGGUGCAUAGGGUGAUCCUGGCCGCAGUCAGCAGCCUCUUCCGAGACAGGCUGCUGGGCGGUGGAGGUCCGCGGCCCCCCUUCAGCCUCGAGGUGUCCCCAGGGGGAUGGGAGGCCGUGCUGACCUUUGCCUAUGAGGGAGUGCUGGGCCCCGCCCCGCAGGGGGAUGUGCUGGCGGCAGCCGAGGCGCUGGGAGCGCCCCGGGUGAAGGCUGCUGCCCUGCGGAGAUGCGAGAGGUCUGGAAAUGCCCUGGAAGAUGUAAAGAAGCCCAGCCAGGCAGAGGAGCUGAGGGAGAACCUGCGGGGAAUCGAGCUCCUCUACCGAGAGGGCGUCGGGUGUGACUUGAAGCUGGAGGCAGGCGGCUGCCAGCUGCAGGUGCACCGAGCAGCCCUGGCCUGCGGCAGUGAGUUCUUUGGGGCCAUGCUCCUGAGCGGGAUGAGGGAAUCCAAGGGCACAGAGGUGUCUCUGCGGACCAUCUCCACCCGGGACCUGCGACUCCUUGUCUCUUUUGCUUACUCUGGAGUUGUGCGGGCAAGGUGGCCAGGACUACUGAGAGCUGCUCAGGCUGCUCUGCAGUACCAGAGCUCUUCCUGCCUGGAUUUGUGUCAGAAAGGCUUGGCACAGGGCCUCAGCCCCGCCCGUUGCCUGGCCCUGUUCCCCAUGGCAGAAGCCCCUGGGUUGGAGAGGCUCUGGAGCAAAGCCCGUCACUACCUCCUCACCCACCUGCCUGCUGUAGCCUUGUGCCGUGCUUUCCCUUCUUUGCCAGCUGGCUGCUUGGCUGAGCUCCUGGAUAGUGAUGAGCUCCAUGUGCAAGAGGAGUUUGAGGCCUUUGUGGCUGCACGGUGUUGGCUAGCUGCCAACCCCGAGACCCAGGAGUCCGAGGCCAAGGCCCUGCUGCAAUGCGUCCGCUUUGGCCGCAUGUCCACCAGGGAGCUGCGGAGGGUGCGGGCAGCUGGGCUACCUCCACCCCUGACCUCAGAUCUGUUGCACCAGCUGAUGGUAGAGGCUGAUGUUCCAGGCCAGGAGAGACGGAGGGAGCCUGACCGGGCACUGGUAGUGAUUGGCGGGGAUGGGCUGAGACCAGACAUGGCCCUAAGGCAACCAUCCCAAGCAGUGUGGUGGGCCCGAGCCUUCCGCUGUGGCAUCGGACUUGUACGAACUGUGGAGUGGGGGCAGCUGCCUGCCCUGCCUGCCCCAGGACGCUUCCGGCAUGGGGCUGCGAGCCUGGCAGGAAGUGAACUCUAUGUGUGUGGUGGACAAGAUUUCUACAGUCACUCCAACACCCUGGCUUCAACUCUCAGGUGGGAGCCCAAUCAAGAGGAUUGGGAGGAGAUGGCUCCUUUGUCCCAGGCUCGAAGCUUUUUCCCCUUGGUGGCACUGGAUGGACAACUUUAUGCCCUAGGCGGAAGACAAAAUGGUGUUGCCCUGGACUCUGUGGAGACCUACAACCCUGAGCUCGAUGUCUGGAGGCCAGCACCUGCACUUCCAGCACCAUGUUUUGCCCAUGCAGCUGCCAUUUUGGAGGGCCGAUUGUAUGUGAGCGGUGGCUGUGGUGGGACUGGCCAAUACCUGGCCUCACUGCUGCACUAUGACCCCAAACUUGAGAAGCCAGGGACAUUUCUGAGCCCUAUGGGGGUACCUCGGGCUGGCCAUGUCAUGGCUGCACUGGGUGGGCGGUUGUAUGUGGCAGGUGGGUUGGGUGAGACUGGGGACCUGCUGAGUUUUGAGGCCUAUGAACUAAGGACUGAUAGCUGGACUCACCUGGCACCUCUACCUUCCCCCCAUGUGGGGGCUGCAGGUGCUGUGCUGCAGGGGGAGCUGCUGGUGCUGGGGGGCUACAGUCACCGUACUUAUGCCCUCUCCCACCUUAUCCAUGCCUACUGUCCUGGCCUGGGCCGAUGGCUUUGCCUGGGAACUCUGCCAAGGCCCCGGGCUGAGAUGCCUGCCUGCAUCCUGACACUGCCCACUGUGCAGCACACAGCUUUGGUUCCCACCCUGCACCAAACCAAGCCUGCUGGGUGAAGAGGGAGCAACAAUGUAUGGGGGAGGAAGGUGUAAGAAAUCGUCUGGGAGAAGGACAGAGAUUAUGCGAGAGAAAGAGAAGGUUUUAUUCUUGGCAGUGGUUUAUUCUCAUGCUGUGCAUUGUAAACUGCUUUUGUACAUCUGAUCUCCAUUGAGGAAAUGGUGGUUCCAGAACUCCUGGGGAGAGCAUAUUGGGGAAGGGGAGGCAGCUGAAUAUCCAGGUAAGGAAAGGAGAGCCAGGAGCAACUCCACAAGGCUGAGGGAUUCUUUGGAGGGAAAGUGCAUCUGGUUGGAAAGAGAGUUAAGAAGCUUCAGUAGCCAAAGAGUAGCGAUCAUGAGAGGACAGUUGGGUAAAUGAUUCUGACCCAUGGAUCAAGGGAAAAAUGAGGAAUGGCCAUUCAUGAAAGAGUUUGAGGAGUGUGAGAGGAAGGACUGUAAAUCAUUCAGCUCUUUUGUCCCCAGAACUUGCUCCUUUCUCCUCUCCCAUCCCAUCCCUGGGAUGCCUAACCCUUCUUUUUUUUUUUUGAGACGGAGUUUCGCUCUUGUUGCC